GGACUGUAUUGUCUUGAAAAUGACUAUUUAAUAUGAAUAUUUUGUUUAGAUAACUUCAUCUAAGCAGUCUUCUUCCCUUGCUCUACAAUCAUGGAGCUUCACAACAAUAAUUUAAACUUUACCUUAAUGUUAUCCUUUCUCUUCCUCUUGCUACUAUUCAAAAUAGUUAAGAGAUGGAGUACUUCUAAAAAUUCUACCGCCAAUUUACCACCAGGGCCAUGGACACUGCCCUUGAUAGGGAACAUACAUCAGAUUAUUAGCAGCCCAUUGCCUCAUCAUUCCUUAAAAAAUUUGGCACAAAAGUAUGGACCUUUGAUGUACCUAAAACUUGGUGAGGUACCAUACAUAAUAGUUAGUUCACCAGAAAUGGCCAAAGAGAUUAUGAAGACACAUGACCUCAACUUUUGCGAUAGGCCAAACCUUAUGAUGUCCACAAUAUAUAGUUACAAUAAUACUGAUAUUUUAUUCUCUGCAUAUGGAGAACACUGGAGGCAACUAAGGAAGAUAUGCGUUAUAGAGCUAUUGAGUGUAAAGCGUGUCCAGUCAUUUGGUUCCAUAAGAGAAGAAGAGGUGGAAGACCUAGUUAAAUCAAUUUCUGCAAAAGAAGGAUUGGUUGUUAAUCUCACUCAUCAGAUUUUUUCAAUGACAUACGGGAUAGUUGCACAGGCAGCAGUCGGGAAAAGGAGCAAACACCAACAAGUAUUCAGAUCAUUUAUUUAUGAAUUGACAUAUAUGCUAGGAGGAAUUUAUGUUGCUGAUUUGUAUCCUUCUAUUAAAAUUCUUCAAAGGAUGAGUAGGGCCAAGACCAAACUUGAAAAACUUCCGUGUUUAGUUAACUUCAUCUAUUGGCAUUUUUCUUCCCUUACAAUCAUGGAACUUCACAGCAGUUUUUCUAACUUCACCUUAACGGCAUCCUUUCUCUUCCUCUUCGUACUAUUCAAAAUAGUUAAAAGAUGGACUACUUCUAAAAAUUCUAACGCCAAUUUACCACCAGGACCAUGGAGACUGCCUUUCAUAGGGAACAUACAUCAGAUUAUUAGCAGCCCAUUGCCUCAUCAUUCUUUCAAAAUUUUGGCACAAAAGUAUGGACCUUUGAUGUACCUAAGACUUGGUGAGGUACCAUACAUAAUAGCUAGUUCAUCAGAAAUGGCCAAGGAGAUUCUGAAAACACAUGACCUCAGUUUAUGUGAUAGGCCAAACCUUAUGUUGUCCACAAUAUUUAGUUACAAUAAUACUGAUAUUAUAUUUUCUGUAUAUGGAGAACACUGGAGGCAACUACGAAAGAUAUGCGUUAUAGAGCUAUUGAGUGUAAAGCGUGUCCAGUCAUUUAGGUCCAUAAGAGAAGAAGAGGUGGAUGAUCUUGUUAAAUCAAUAGCUGCUAGUGAAGGAUCAAUUGUUAAUCUUUCUCGUAAGAUUUCUGAUAUGGCAUACGGGAUAGUGGCAAGGGCAGCUUUUGGGAAGAGGAGUAAAAACGAACAAGCAUUCAAAUCAGCAAUUGUUGAAAUAGCAAGUUUGUUGGGGGGAUUUUGUAUUGCUGAUUUAUAUCCAUCUAUUAAAAUGCUUCAAAGGAUGAGCAUGGCAAAGAAAAAAAUUGAAAAACUUCACAUAGAGAUUGAUAAGGUAAUGCAAGAUAUCAUCGACGAUCACAGAAGCACUCAGAGGGGAGUAAGCAAGGAUGAAGAUAUAGUUGAUACUCUUCUCAAGAUUCAACAGGAAAAUGAUCAACCACAACAUCCAUUGACUGACGACAAUAUAAAAUCAAUCAUCCAGGACAUGUUUGGUGCUGGUACUGAAACACCAUCAAGUGUUGUGGUAUGGUGUAUGUCUGAGAUAAUAAAGAAUCCAAAGGUAAUGGAAGAAGCACAAGCUGAGGUAAGAGGAGUGUUUGAUAAGAAAGGGGUUGUCGAUGAAACAGAAUUGCACCAGUUGAUAUACUUAAAGUCUGUCGUCAAAGAAACACUGAGGUUGCAUCCUAUUGUACCAUUGUUAGUUCCAAGAGAAAAUAGGGAGAAAUGCCAAAUAAAUGGCUAUGAUAUCCCAGCUAAGACAAGGGUCAUGGUCAAUGCUUGGGCUAUUGGAAGAGAUCCAAAGUAUUGGGUUGAAGCUGAGAGUUUUAAACCAGAGAGAUUUCUAAAUAGCCCAAUUGAUUUCAAAGGCACAGACUUUGAAUUUAUACCAUUUGGUGCUGGAAGGAGGAUGUGUCCAGGAAUUGCAUUUGGCUUACCUAUUGUUGAGUUACCUCUUGCUCAUUUGCUUUACCACUUUGAUUGGAAGCUUCCCUAUGAAAUGAAAAAUCAAGAACUUGAUAUGACUGAGUCAGUUGGAAUAACUCUCAGAAGAAAACAUGAUUUGUGCCUAAUUCCUACUACUCGUCGUCUUUGAUUUUAUUCUGUAUUACUUUUGACAAUAUCAUUUGGAAAACGAUUGUAAUAUAGAUAGAAAAUAACAUUUAUCUCUCCCAUUGUUAAUGUUUAAUGGUAGACUUAAAAUUUUGAUUCAUUCUUAGGGUGGUGAAGAACCUACUUUAAGCUUGACGCGCAGAUCAUUAAAUAUUGUAGAACCAAGUGGUUUUGUAAGAGCAUCUGCAAUUUGAAAAGAAGUCAGAACAUGUUGGAACAUAAGUUUCUUGGAAGCCACAUGUUCUCGUACAAAGGGAAUAUCGAACUCCAUAUGUUUUAUAAGUGAAUGAAGGACUGGAUUGUGGGAGAGAUGAAGAACACUCAGGUUAUCACAUAGCAAGGUUGAAGAAAGAAAAAAGACACAAAGCUCAGUUAGAAGUGAUUAAAGCCAAAUGAUCUCUAAAAUGGUAUGAGCCGACAUGCAGUAUUCUUCCUGUGCACUUAACAUUCUCACGAGGGGCUGCUUCAUAGAGCUCCAAGAAACCAUGUUUGGUACAAAGAAAAUACUAGAGCCAGAAGCGAAUCUUCUACCGUCCAUAUCACUUGUCCAAUCAUUGUCACUAUAGGAACAAAGAGAUAAAUUUUGCAAAGCAUUAGAAGGAAGAAGAGUAAGACUAAAGUUGAUAGUGCCACUUAGGGACUGCCUCAUGCAAAGAUGAUGUGGUCCUGCCUUCAGACUGUUGAGAGUUGAUUCGCGACACAUAACUUGAUAUCUCACCUAGGACUGACCUUUUACUUGGUCGAGCAGGGGCAACUAUAUUGGGCGAAGGUAGAACAAAAGUACAUUCAAAAUUGUUGGGAAGUGAGAAACUAGGCAGGCCAGCUAUUAUAAUGAAAAGUAAAGGCAAAUUGGAAUGUUUGUAAAUUAGGAAAGAAAGGGGAGUAGAGUAGCUUGCACUCAUUUAACGACACAACUUCUAAAAUGAAAAUUUUACCAUCUUUAUUAUGACACUUAAAUCUCCUGUGUUUAGGAAACACACCGAAAAUCAUACAUUCCUCACUUCUGAAUUGUA